AUGAUUCGAGCAGCGGCGUUCCAAUCGAGGAUACCUCUUCGGCAGGCCAAGACUGCGUCGGGACAAAACGGGGCGUUGAAGGAUGUCUGGGCAAGAUUUUUUUCAUCACAGCCGGUGACGCAAAGCCAGAGCGGCAGCAACGCAUCAUGGAGGAGGCUACAGUCAAUCUCGCCCCUGGGAGGAGCGAUGCACCGCGCUGCUCCCAUGCGACCAACUGCCAGGAUAGCUGACAGCUUCGCGAGAGGGACACAGCGACGCAACUUUGUAUUCUCGGCGUGGAGGCGCAAUACUGCGCAGGGGGCCAAGAAGAAUCUGUCGCUAAGUGAGAGGUUCAAGAAGCUCUCCAGAGAGUAUGGGUGGUCGGCCGUGGGCGUCUACUUUGCGCUCAGCGUGCUGGAUUUCCCGUUCUGCUUCCUCUUCGUGCGGUUGGUCGGAACAGAGAGGAUAGGCCAAUUCGAGCAUUAUGUCGUCACAAAAGUCAUCCCCGAAUCAGUUCGGACAGCUUGGAACGAAUGGCGACAAUCUUUCAAGAAGGAAGAGAAAAGCCAUCUGGGCAGCAACAAUAUCAGCGACAGAGUAGAGAUGGCAGGCUGGGGCGUAGAACAAGCGCAGGAACGCAACAGAGAAGAAGCCAGUGAGUUUGAACAACACUUCCGCCCCCCUGCUUUUUGGUACCCUUCCCGAUAUGGCUCUAUCUCUCACUACGUGGAAAUGUCUCAGACAGCUCCACGUCAUGAGAGAGGGAAGAGACGACCUGUUUUCCCCAUAUGGCAUUCACGGACGGUUACCGAGCCCGGUGGCCUGGCAACGCAGCUAGCGCUCGCAUAUGCUAUCCACAAGAGCUUCAUCUUCCUUCGGGUGCCGUUGACCGCUGCGGUGACGCCCAAGGUGGUGAAGGUGCUUCGAGGCUGGGGUUGGGAUAUUGGAAAAAGGACCCCACGAUCAUAA